CACCGCAGCGUCACGCUUGGCGUGUGCGUGCCACCCCAGGAGAAGGAGAGGCGAGUGAGGAUGCAGCAGAGACGAUAGCAAUAGACUCUAACAAUCAGCCGAAGUCUCCACUGGAAAAGUUUAUGGUCAGACUGUGUACGCAUCACCAGAAGCAAUUCAUUCGUGUGCUAAACGACAUAUACACUGAAGUACAACCAGACUCUGAAGGCCAGCAGUUGCCUGAAUCUGAAAGCAUGGAGGCCUCUACUUGUGGCUCUGGUUGCAGCCAGCGAAGCACUGAAAAUCAGGAUAAGGGUGCUGCUUGUACUGAAUCGAAGCACCCUUCUUCCUCAGACCCAGGACUGUCAGGGUCUGAUGGCACCCUGCAUGUUACAGGACAAACCCCGAAGCAGCCUACAGAGCUGAAGUCUACGGACAGAGCAGAGAGCUCCAGUCCUGCUUUGAAAAGAGACUUCUCUGAAAUCCCCAUUACUAGACUUAAUUCUGCUAGUCCAAAGGAUAGCUCCACCCAAGGAUACCUCAGCAUGUUGAACUCUUCCUCUUUGAAUUUGCAUCAUGCCGCAAAGAACCUGGAAGGACAAGCCGCUGGACGCGAGCAAGAAACUGGUGUCAGAAAGUGUGAGGACAAUAAAGAGCAGGUAGCAGGUAAGACUCUCGUGGAAGGCUAUAUCUCUGUCAAAGUGGCAAAUGUGAAUGGCAGUGAGGACAGCUUAGACAGCUGUUUGGGGUCCCAAAAGAACUCUUUCAAAGCUUUACCUGAAGAGACUUGGGAUUCUGGCUUUAUGGUAAACUCUCCUCGCAGAGCUGACAAGGAGAAUGCUUUGCAGUGCAGCUCGAAAGCAUCUUUGCACCAGGACUUCGAUGCGAAAGAACCAGACGCGAGACCAAAGCAAGAAAACCACCUGCUGCAGGCCGCGGCCAAGGGCAAGGCGGGCUGCCACCUGCACCCGGGCGACAAGGGCCCGCUAGAGAAUUCCAAAGAGGGCUGGCUGUCCGCCAGCGCCGCGCCAGCCGCCCCCCGGGCCCCCGGCGGGCACCCCCGCGCCAAGGCGGCCUCUGCCCGUGCCACCCGCAAGAGCAAAAAGGCAUCGGGGUUGAGGAUAAACGACUACGACAACCAGUGCGACGUCGUCUACAUCAGCCAGCCCAUCACGGAGUGCCACUUCGAGAGCCAGCGGUCGGUGGCGUCCCGCAAGACGGCGAGGAAGAGCACGCGAGGGUAUUAUUUCAACGGGGAGUGCUGCGAGCUCCCAACGGUCCGCACUCUGGUUAAAAGCUCCCGGGCGGAGGAAAGAGGGAACAGCCCGGCACUGAGAACAGAAACGCUAGUAAGCACUAAGCCAACUCUGGUGCUCUCAGGGGGUGGGCCUUUGGGGGCAGGAAGGGAAGGUGAGAAAAGGGUUUCUCUUAGGCUCCUGGCUAAAGGAGCACCAUCCGGCAGAGAAACUAGAGAGAGAGCUGAUUUGGGCUCUGAACGCGAGCCCCGGGAUACCUGGGCACUGAGGUCAAGGGAAGCUGCUAUCGCUGUGCCCCUGUUUUCUCUCUCUGCUCCACCUAGUCCUCAGAAAGAGGAUGACUCGGCCAGCUCACAGCCCCCGAGCUCCCCUCCCACCGAAAGAGGGGAGGCAAGAGCUGGAGGCACCAUUUCCUGGCAGGCUGGCAGCAGGCUGGAUUCCCCUGGGGAGAGUGGGCCCAAAGACAGCAGCAGCACGCAGGCUGCAGAUUUUACAGCCCUUCCUGUCUUGGAAUCACCCGGCAGGGAGGAAGGUUCCCCAGGUUCAGAAAUACAAACUAUUCCAGACCUUCCUGCCAGCCCAGAGCCAAGGUCUCCUUUGCAGCCCUCUGCUGCUGUGGACACUGCACCUCUGGUCGGUGCUGAUGUGAGGGAUCCUGCUGAGCUUCCAGGCACUGGAGACGUGGAGCCCUCUGGGGUGCAUCCUGCAGAGCCCUCUGCGUGCUCUCUGGACCUGCACAUUCCUGAUGAGCCUCCUGCCGCUGUGCAAGGGGAGUGUCCCCCAGAGCCCCUUGCCACCUUGCAGUGUCCAGAUGUGAACAAAAGCAUCGACGCUAAACCAGAAGCCGAACUACCAGGCAUGCUGGGUGACAGCUCACUUGAGCAAGAGGAGGUCACGCCAGCCAACACAGGCCUUUCUGAAAUCUUGGAAGGGGAGACAGUGCAGAAUAAUAGUCUGCCAGAUGAGAAAGAGCUUGUUGAAGGUGAAAUGCUGCCUGAGCCUGAGGGCUCAGAAGCAGCAGGGAAAGACUCCAUCUCUUCUAAAGAGAGUCUAGACAAGAAGCGAAAGAAAGGGAGGAGAGUGCUUGUGGCAUCAGACCGGCGUCUCCGAAGCCAGCAGUCGCAGCCGCCCAUGGAGGGCAGUGCUGAGGAAGCUGGCUCUUCCAGCUCUGUGCAGCUUCCUUGCCUUCAGAUCAAACUCUCCAAGAGUCCUGGCGCUAAGCGGUUUAAGAGAGAAGUGCAGCUGGAUGGGGUAGCAUCCAUGCACUUCCCAAAUGACUGCUUCCAUAAAACGCUGCUCAGGAACAGUGAGGGGUUGAGCACUGACCAAGCUCCAGAGAGCAUCCCUGAGCAGCUGCCAGGUGAGGAGAACGGUGUCACUACUAGACAAACCUAUAAAAGCAUCCUAGCAAAAGAGACUGCAGCAGAGGGAGAAAAAUCCUCAAAAGAUGACCCCCCUGCUAAAGACGGCCAAAGUCAGGCAGGUGAGAUGCUGGAAAUCUGUGUCCAGGCUGAUUCUGAGAAGAGGAGCAUUCUCCUUCCUCAGGAAAGCAGUAUGGCUGCAAAUGAUGCAGAGCAAGUGGAAGUGAAACCAGGCGAUGACAGUGCAAAGGAGGAGGAGGAGGAGGAGGAGGAGAGUGCUGACAGUGCCAUGGACAAAGAGAAACUUGAGAAUUUUGAGCCAGUGACCAAUUCACCUCCGUGUCCCAGCAGCAGAGGUGGAAGCAAGCAUGUUCCAGCAAAGGCUGUGAAGCAUAAAAAGAUAGCCCUGCAGUUUUAUAACUUAAGACACACACCUGCACCUGUAGGCCCUGCAAAAAAGAACGCACUGGGGAAGGAGUCUGUGCAAGCAAUCCCCAAACUGAGGGAUGAAUGCAGUUCAGGGAAUGAUGACUCCUCAGCUUUGGAGGAUGUAGACACAGCUGACAGCAAACCAAAGUUCAUGGAGUGGUGUGCUGAAGAGGAAAACCAGGAGCUCAUUGCCGAGUUCAAUGCCCAGUAUAUGAAAGUUCAGAAGGGCUGGAUUCAGCUGGAAAAGGAAGUGCAACCGACCCCCAAGGUGAAGAACAAAGCCGACAAACUGAAAGAGAUUUGGAAAAGCAAGAAAAGGACACGGAAAAGUAGAGGGUCACUGGAAGUUCAGAAGCUUUCUCCCGUCCAGAUGUUGUUUAUGAAGGCCUUUAAGCUGUCUGACAUCUGCCAAUGGUUCCUGGAGACAACUGAAACCAGAUCUCUAGUGAUUGUGAAGAAACUCAACACCCGUCUCCCAGGAGAGAUACCACCCAUCAAGGUCCCCCUGCAGAAGUAUUCCUCUUCUAGUCUUUAUCCCAGCUCACUGCAAGCUGAACGUUUGAAAAAACACCUCAAGAAAUUUGCUGCAACUACCCCAGCUCGGAAUAACCUGAAGAACCAAAAGCUGUGGGCCAAAAUUCGAGAGAAUGCUGAAAAAGCAGAGGCUGAAGAAACCACUGGUCCCAAUCAGACGUCUCCCUCUGAAGCCAGCUCUGAAGAAGUGAGCGAAGACAAAAACGUUCAGUCCACUCCAAGCUUGCCCACGCAGGCAAGCACGAGGAUCCUGCGGAAAUACUCCAAUCUGCGGGGCAAACUCCGAGCCCAGCAUCGCAUGAUGAAGGCAGAGAAGAAGAGCGAUGGCCCGGGAGAUCACCCUUCCGUAGAGGGCAAACAAAGCCGGAAGAGCGUGUGCAUCAACCCACUGAUGUCUCCAAAACUGGCCUUGCAGAUCAAAGCGGAUGCAUUUCCUGCUAAAUCUCCAUCAGUAGAAGGGCAGGGAAAGGGGCGGAAAGGAAAAAGCAAGUCCCAGGAGGACCCCUCACCCAAAUCUGACCUCCAACUCAGUAGAAAGAAGAGGACACUGAAGGAGAGCGGCAGCAUGCAGGAGCGGUCAGGCUCUUCCAGUAAAGACAAGCUGCCUGCCAAGAAAGCCAGUAAAAUAAAGCAUUCGGAGGUCAGCACAAAAGCUCCUGCAACCAGAAAGCAAGCUGCCAUGGAGAGAAGCAAUAAGCUUGCUAAAAAGAUAUCUUUGAAAGAGAAGAGAGCCCCGAAAAGGCAGCUUGAGAAAGUGCGGCUCCCCAUGCGGAAGGGCAAGGAAAACACGAGCCGACGGGCCGUGCUGCCUCCCAGCCAUGAGGAGCUGGCCAAGUCUCAGAAGCAGAAGCCCCUGGGGGAGUCUUCAACACGGUCACAGAAGAUGGCCAACAAGAAGCCCAGCAGUGGGAAAACCCUGACAAGGUCCAUGAAGAAGAUGCAGGAGAGCAGUGGGGUGCAGGGCAAGAGGAAGCUGAGGGCAAAAGUUGACUGUUCGCACAGCAAGCGCUCACGACUGGAUACGAAAUAGCAAAGAACUGGUAGCCAUGUACAAAACUCUUGUAUAGUAGUAACCCUUUACCAUGCAUUAACUAAAGCUGCUUUUAUAAGCUGUAGCAAGCCUUUAAAAAUCCGCAGUUAAAGGAUAACGCCCAUGAUUUUAGGCAUCGGAAGAUAUGUCUCAGACAGAGAAGAGAUCAGCCUGUCUGUCUCUGCUGUUCAGAAGGAAGUUUCUGCAGUUUGAAUGUUCCUUGGAUUUUUAAACUUGGAACCAGGCAGUUUUAGUUAAAAGUACAGUGCCUUAUUUAUCACUUUAAAAAUAAAAAUAAGUAGCUCGUC